AUACGGCUUCCUCGAGACACUAAAUCAUCUGUGACACACACAAAAGUCAAAACGCAUUGUUGACAUCUUCAACUAUAAACAUUUAAUUAUAAUAAUUAAUAAAUGUCAUAAAACAAAAUAAAACAAAAUGCAAUUUAAUGCAACAGUAUCACCUCGUGUAUUUGCUGCAAUUCAAAAUGUCAAUAUUAAAGAACUAUCCGAGUGUUCGCAAAAAGAAAUACGUCCAAUAUUACCAUGUCUUGUACGUAUGAGUUUAAUAUUAUCAGUUGAUAUAACAAAAGAUUGUGUUGAAGCAAGAAAAGAAAUAUUAACAAUAUUAUCUGGUAUUGAAUCAGUUAAUUCAAUAAUUGCAUUAUUGUCAAUUGAUUUUCAUGCACUUGAAACUGAUGUUAGAAGAGAACAACAAUUGAGACAAAAAUUGGGUAAUACACAAAGUGACAGUGUUCUUGCACAAUCAUUACAAAGUGGUCUUGCUUUAGAAUUUGAACGUAGUGAAUCAACAAGACGUAUACGUUUAGUAUUGAGUGAACUAUUAUUUGUAACAUCACAAAUACAUGAAUAUCAAAAAAAUAAUGAAUUUUUAAUAAAACAAUCAGAUUUAUUUGACAAUGCAGUAUAUAUGGAAGAAAUAAGUUUUGUAAUAUGUAUUGCAUUAGCUGAAUUACCAGCAUUGCUAUCAAUAAAAGAUAUUGUAGAAACAUUGCUACAUGUUAAACAUGGUCCAGAUAUAAUAUGUUGGAUUGUUGCUAAUAGUCCAGAUAGUUUUACUGAAGUAUGUACACAUUUAAUAAAUAAUGGUGAACGUCAAGAAGAAUCAUCAAUUGGUAAAAUACGUACACAAACAUUAAUAAUGCUUUGUCAAAUGAAUCCAAUUCAAUCAUUAGCAAUACGUGGUAAAUGUGUUGAAUUAUGUAGAAUGCCAGCAUUAGCAAUGACACUAUGUCUUGAACAUAUUGGUGAUAAUAAUAAUAAAAUUGAUAAUGAUAUUGUUGCAUUUGUAUCAGGUUUAUUACUUGGUAGUGAUCAACAAGUUAGACAAUGGAUUGCAAUGUUUAUUAGAAAUGGACAAAAAAAAAAAGGUGAAUCAUAUAUUGCAUUACAAUCAUUGAGAAAUGAAUUAUUAACAAGACUUGGUUCAAUAAUAACAAUUAAAAAAGAUCCAAAUUCACAAAUAAAAACAUCAAUACUUGAUGAAAAAAAAGUUGUUAAAGCAUCAGCAUUAUUACGUCUUUAUUGUGCAUUACGUGGUAUUGGUAGUAUAAAAUUUCAAGAUGAUGAAAUAACAAUGAUUGUACAAUUAUUAACAUCACAUCCACCACCAUCAUCAGCUGGUGUACGUUUUGUAUCACUUGGUUUAUGUAUGUUAAUAGCAUGUCCAUCAUUAAUUAGUAAUAAUAAUAAUCUUGAAAAAAAAUGUAUUGAAUGGGUACAAUGGCUUGUACGUGAAGAAUCAUAUUUUGUUAAUGAUAAUAAUGCUAGUUUUGGUGAAAUGUUAUUAUUAAUGGCAAUACAUUUUCAUAGUAAUCAGUUAACAGCAAUAUGUGAUCUUGUAUGUUCAACAUUAGGUAUGAAAAUAAUAAUAAGACCAAAUAAUUUAACACGUAUUAAACAAAUAUUUAUGCAAGAUAUAUUUACUGAACAAGUUGUAACAUCACAUGCUGUUAAAGUACCAGUAACACCAAAUUUAAAUGCAAAUAUUAGUGGUUUUUUACCAGUACAUUGUAUACAUCAAUUAUUAAAAUCACGUGCAUUUGCUAAACAUAAAGUACCAAUUAAAAAUUGGAUAUAUAAACAAAUAUGUAAUAGUAUACAUCCAUUACAUCCAGUUUUACCAUGUUUAAUUGAAGUUUAUGUUAAUUCAAUACUUGUUGUUAAUAAUAAUAAUAACAAUAAUAAUAAUAAUAAUAAUAGUAAUAAUAAAACAGGUGAAUAUACAACAAAUAAACCAAUAACUGAAAAUGAAAUUAGAAAAGUAUUUCAAAAUUCUGUAUUUGGUGAAAAUUUUGAUAAUAAAAAAACAGUAAAAAAUAAUUUAUUAUUAACUAUUGAUAAUGAUGAUGGUGAUAAUAAAAAUAAUAAAAAUGAUAUUAUUGAUACAACAAAACCAUCAUUAACAUCACAAUUAUUAUUAUUAUAUUAUUUAUUAUUAUAUGAAGAUGUUAGAUUAACAAAUAUGCAUACAUUUAUUGGACAAGGUAAAAAAAUUAAAUCAUAUUCAAGUUCAUUUUUAGCUGAAUUACCAAUUAAAUAUUUAUUACAACAAGUACAAAGAGAUCAUAUUAGUUAUGGUGGUUUAUUUUCACCAUUAUUACGUUUAUUAGCAACUCAUUUUCCUCAUUUAUCACUUGUUGAUGAUUGGCUUGAUGAUGAAAUGAUGAUUAAUAUUGAAACAACAAAUUAUGAAAAUGUUAUUAUAAAUGAUACAACAAUUAUUGAAGCAUUUGGACAUAUUGAAACAUGUCCAUCAAGAACUGGUAGAUUAUUGAGACAAUUAAUGUCAAUGAAACCAACAGAUAUAUGGCCACAUUCAUCAACUCUUAUACAUUAUUUAAAAGUAUUAUUAAAUGACAAUGUACCAAGAUAUAUACAAGAAUUAUAUAAAAAAGUAUGGCUAAGAUUAAAUAUGGUAUUACCAAGAUGUUUAUGGGUUAUGUCUGUUAAUGCAUUAUUAAUUGAAAAUCCAAAUGUUGAAAAUGUUAAAUUAACACAAGAUAAUAUUAUACUUGAUCCAUUACAAGUAUUAAGAUGUGAUACAAGAGUAUUUAGAUGUGCUCCUGUAUUAUCAAUAAUAUUAAGAAUAUUACAAGCAACAUUAGCAGCAUCAAGAUCACAAUUAUCACGACAUAUGCAAGAUAGACCACUUACUGAUAAAAGUGGACAAUUAACAAGUGAAAAUGAACGUGAAGAUUUAAGAACAGCACUUGUUGCUGGACAAGAAAGUGCUGCUGUACAAAUAUUAUUAGAAAGUUGUUUAGAAAUUAAUGAUGAUAAAAUAAUAGCUGGACAAAUGUGGUCAUUGAGAGAAAUAAGAAGUGUUGUAUGUUCAUAUUUACAUCAAGUUUUUAUAAGUGAUCCAUCAUUAGCUAAACUUGUACACUUUCAGGGUUAUCCAAGAGAAUUAUUGCCAAUAACUGUUUCUGGAAUUCCAUCAAUGCAUAUAUGUCUUGAUUGGAUACCAGAAUUAUUAUCACAACCAGAACCAGAAAAACAAGUAUUUGCUGUUGAUCUUGCAUCACAUCUUGCUGUACAAUAUGCAUUACCAAAAGCAUUGAGUGUAUCACGUCUUGCAAUAAAUACACUGAUAACAUUACUUGGUGUAUUACCAGCAAAAGAUCGUAUUGUAUUAUUUAUGCCAGUUUUAUCAUCAUUAACUAGAAUAUGUUUAGCAUUUCCACCACUUGCUGAUGAAACAAUUAAUCUUUUAUUACAACUUGGUAGAGUUAGUUCAGCACAAGCAGCACUUGGUGAUAAAUCAGCUGAAAUAUUAUGUCAAAAUGUCAAUUCAACAUUUGGUGAUCUUUUACAAAAAUCUGUUCUUCAAAAUAGAAUAUAUUAAUUAAAUAAUUGACUCAUUUUUUUUUUUUUUCUUUUCUUUUCUUUAUUUUUUUAAAUUUCUAAAUAUUAUUUUAUUUUUUUUUUUUCACUUUACAUUUAUUACUUACUUAUUUUAUGUUAAAAACAAAAAAAUCAUUUUUUUUUUUUAAAAUUGUAAAUAAAUUUUUUCAAAAUAAA